AUGAGACCCCCGUCUGACGAGGAAAAGAGUUCGGCCCUGGUUUCAAAAUCGGCAAAGGACAACAAGAUAAAAAGGGCCUCGGCCUCCGAGGAUCAAGAACUUAAGAAAAGGACGGCUCGUAAGCUGAGGAAGAACAUCAUCCCUCUAACCGAAGAAUCUGUUCGGCGUCUAAGGGAUGAAGACGAAGAAGAAGAAAAUGAUGGCUCUGUUCUGGUGGCCCGAGUGAAGGAAACAAUCGAUGCCCCAAAGAUAGCUGGAUCGAUGGCGGUUGAUGAGGCUCCGCCUCGAACUGAGGGGAUAUCGGAGAAAGACUCGGGCAAAGUUCCCGAGUUAUUGGAGAUUGAAGAUGCUUCCCAACGAAGUGAACAAACGGUGGGUAUAUCUGAAGGGACCGACCCUGAAGCCCUUCGAACUGAGGAGAACUCCCCAAGUGACUCGCUUGGGGGGGCGAUUCGGGAAGCCCGAGCUUUGGGAAACCUCGAGAUAGACGGAGCUCACGAGGGAGAGGACCCCUUCCACAAAUUGUAUACAGGUAUCGAGGAUGCUGCCGGCCAGAGUGACGCAUCGGGCUUUAGCUCUUCAUCAGGAGGCAUUUUCCAAGUCACGGGCAGAGCAGAGCAGAGCCGACGCGAGGCUGACUUCCGAGGGCUUUCGGAGGAGAGAAAUGCCCUCAAACUUCUUAGUGGGCAAAAAAAGGAAGAGAUCGAGGAUCUUCGAGCCGAGCUGGCCAAGGCUCGCCAAGAUCAGACAAGCCUGAUCGAGCAGGUAAUGACAAUUUUAAAAACCCAUGGGCUCGAUUCAGGAAAGGUGGCUAAUGUUUUAGUCUCUCAGCAGCAGCAGAAGAUUGAGAGGAUCAAGCAGUUCCACGAGGAGAUCAGUACGAUAAGGGCGGAGUCUUUGGGGUUGAAAGAAGGUAUGGACUACCUUGCUGCAGAAAAAGAAAUUAUUCGGUCCCAAUUAUCAUCGGCCAAAAGUCGGCUCCGAGGCCUAAAGGAGAAUAGUUCAGCUCAGGCAAAGAAGAUAGGGGAUCUCGAGGCUCAGUUGGCUUCCGAACUAGCGAGGGCCAAAACUGAAGCCGAAAAAGCAAAGGCCGAGGUUGAGGUGAUCGUGGCCGUCUACCGGGAUAAUGCUGAAGCUGCUCAGGGCCAAGCGAAAGAGGCUACCGAGACCACUCACAUUCGAGCUGUGGUAGUUCAUCGAGAAUCAUGUUCUCGAUCCCGAACCGAGCUACGUCGAUACGAGGCCGAGCUUCAACGGGUUACGGAGGAGAGGAACUCCUUAAAGCUCUUUUUGGGCCAAAGUGGAGAGGAAAUAAAAGACCUUCGAGCUGAGUUGUCCAGGGCUCACCAAGAUCAGAUCGAUUUCUUCGAGCAGAUAAUAAUACUUUUAAAAGCCUAUGGGCUUGACACCGGAACAAUGGCUAACCUUUCGGUCUCACAGCUGCAGCAGAAAAUCGAGAUGAUCGGAAAACUCCGUGAAGAAGUUGAUAUGAAGGAGAAAGGCUCGGUCCAAGCAAGAAAGAUAGAGGAGCUCAAGGAUCGGUUGGCCUCUGUACUUGCCAAGGCCGAAUCUAACACUAAGAAGGCAAAGGCCGAUGUGGAUGCACUUGUGGCCAUCUAUCGUGCUGAUGCUGAAGCUGCCCAGGUAUCUCGAGCUGCAGACCGAGUGCCACCAUGGAUGAUAUUCUCGGGUUCAGCAUGGAGGUUCGCCUCAAUGGCUAUAUGCAAAUUAAUAUCUAUUGGCGCUCCGAUUCGAGCUCCAACGGCAUUUGCAAGUGGCCUUUCUGUACUGGGUGUCAAAUUAUUGUUCUCAUCUUGA